GCCUCUCAGUUCGGCGGAUCCUUGUACAUGAAGGAUGGACGCGCCUUGUUCGUGCGGUGUAACUUCACCGACAACACUGCCAGCUCCGGAGGAGCUGUGUACUCUAGAGGAGGAGAAGCUCACUUUCAGAGCUGCCGCUUCGAGAGGAAUACAGCCCAGCUGAACGGGGGAGCAGUGACGCUCAACGGAGGACAACUGAGCUUUCGAUCGUGCGUCUUCUCGGGAAACGUGGCGAUCAACAAGUAGUUGAGGAGAGGAGGAGAGAGGCGGAAGAAGAGGGGGGGAUAGAAGUGUAUCUCUGAGAUGCUUGGCAGCGGAGGAGCGGUCGCGCUGUAUAGCGGCAAGUUGGAUCUUAUCGAUACUAUCUUCGAAAACAACCGAGC